AGAUGACGUACGUCCAACCAAGAGGGCCUCGCUUUCCUACCGGAAUUCCCCAACCUUUACUUGGCCUGGAUUUUGCGGACGUGGUGCGCUUAGGUCCGAGCAGCAAUAUACGGAGUAUCCUUUAGAAAAGGCAAGCCGCGUGUGCCGGCCAUUUCCGCCAGUGAAGAUGGUGGGUGCAGCAGAGCAAAGACAACCAGAGGGGAUAGUCUUCGAUGGGAAGUCGGCUGAGCUCCGGAGUGCACACCUUCUGAGCCCCAAACCGCCAUUAAUGGCGGAACUCAUCUGGCCCGAGGUUGAGCUGCAGCAGCAGCAGGGGAAAACCGCACUAAUCAGCGAGGUGGAUUUGUCCACCGCAACGACGUCGGUCAGGUGCUCCGGCCUGAUGAAAAAGCCUUGGCUAGGGUGACGAAGUUCGGGGCAGUCCGGAGUUCGCAUUCCACCUUCGUCUUAGAGCAGCGUAGCCACCGGCCGGGGUCGGCCAUAGUUGCUCCUUCCAAUUAUUUCUCGAUCUCGAUCUGUCCAGCAUUUUUUUUUUUCACUUCGUAUCUUCUUCUUCCUUUUGCUUCUCAGAAUACCUUUUCUUUGCAAAACAACUGAAGAACACAUGUAAUCUUUUUGGACAGCUUCCCACAGACGGCGCCAGUGUUGAGUUUAAUCCAACACGAUAUAGUAAAUAUAUGUAUAAAUGUGUAUGAACAAACUAUUUUUACGUGGAAACCCAAAAGGGAGAAAACCACGGGACUUUGUAGGCUAAUGUCCAAG